UAAAUUCUUAACCAGAAACAUAGGAAGCAGCAGCAGGCAGCAGGCAACAGGCAACAGGCAACAGGCAGCAGCAGCUUGUUCAGCACCCCCGUCUCUCUCUCUCUCUCUCUUACGGUCUUGAAGAUUUUGCUUCAGAAACCAAAAGCAGUCUUUUCUCUUGUUUGACGUGCCUGAGAAGAAGUGAACCAUGAAACGUUUGCAAUAUCUUCUUUCCUCAACUUCGAAACUGCUCAAACAGAGGGAACAUUUAAUUCCAUACAAAUCUGGACGUGGACUUCACAGGAGCACCGGUGGUUAUUCUCAACAAUCUAGAAAAGCUAUGCAUUUGUCAGAUUUGUCUGUAAUCCCUCUGCCGCAUUCUUCAAAAAGACUUAACAGAUUGAUCAUGGAGAGUGAUUAUCAUGCUAAGCGUCUUCUUUCAGGCUCUCAAACAAUAACGGAAGUAUCAUAUGAGUGUCCUUCAGAAACUAAUCUUUUGUCUUACAUCAACUCCACUGUAGAUGAGCCUAAAGGUCCCUAUCAUCGUUGGUUGAAUACAUUUGGGGAAAACAACAAUUCCAUCAAGAGAGGUGGAACCAUCUUAGUUCUUGCUGGAUGCUUCCUUGACAGUUUACUAAAUGGCUCCAAUUUUUCCUGUAUGCUCGAAAAAGUAAAGUCAUUUCAGCAAAGGUUCCCUCAGCUCCAUAUUAUGGGUUUUCAGUGUGGCAGUUCAGUUUGCUCUUCUGUUGAUCAAACACACCUUGUCCAACUAAUAAUGAAUGAAUACAUCACAUUUCCUAUUUUAUUGUCUAACAAGACAUUCCCUCAGGUGGCAAAUGCAUGUUACAUUCUAUUUAAAGAUGCUAAAAGUCAUGUAUUUUACCAUGAGAAGGACCUGGAUCUUGGAAUUCUAAACAAAGCUGUUGAAGAGUUAGGUGCACAACUUGAUGAGUCUAGGUUGGCCCAUAACUUGAAAAGCACUUGGGUGAAGCAAGCUGAGAUCAUUAAGGAACCGUAUUUAUGUUCUUUUUUGCGGAACUUGCUUCUUUACUUCCCAGGCUGCAUCUCUGCAGAUGAAUGUGGCAAUCGCCUCUUCCUUUCAGACAGCAAUCAUCAUCGGAUUAUCAUAUUCAACAGCAAUGGAAAGAUUCUGGAUUGUAUUGGUUCCUCCCCUGGUUUUGAGGAUGGAGAAUUUGAAUCUGCCAAGUUGGUCCGUCCAGCAGCUUCCUUUUAUAAUGCUGCUGAGGAUUGCCUAUAUUUUGUGGAUUCAGAGAACCAUGCCAUCAGGAGAGCUGAUAUGGGGAGGAGAAUUUUAGAGACUCUCUAUCCAACAAGCAACAAUGAUAAAAUGAGUAAUUCUUUGUGGAUCUGGAUCAUGAACAAGCUGGGUCUGGGAAAAAGUGUUGAUACAAAUUCUGAUGAAUUUGAUUCCAAAUCACUGAUGUUCCCUUGGCAUCUGAUGAAAUCAGACGAUGGCAGUUUCUUUGUCAUAGACCGCAGCUUUGAAACUCUAUGGAUCAUGGAUUUGGCUUCAGGGAAGAUAAAAGAAGUUAUAAAAGGGUUUCCAAAUAUUUUGGAGACCUGUCAACAGUGGAUCAUGGAGAAAGUAUCCCUUUUGAAACAGAUGCCAUGUGAUGGGUUGCCACUGCAGAUUGAUACUUCCUGUUCACUAGAGGGGUUCCCAAAUGCUGGUCUCAUAUCUUCAUUAACAACCCUGCAGAAUCACAUAGUCAUUUGUGACAUAGUUGGACAGAGGAUUCUGAAAAUUGAUAGAGAAUCUGGUGUCUCUUCGAACAUCCAGUUUUCAAAUUUUGGGAUCCUUGGUUUACCUUAUUGGUUGUCUUCCCCUUUGGAGAGAGUUUAUGCAGUUGGUUAUGGACUUUGGGGAGCACAGAUUGAUCAUCUUCAAUGUUUCAGCUUGUUGCCAGGUAGGAUUGACAUACAGUUAAAUGUGGAUAUCCCUGUGGAUACUGAGCUUGUAGAACCAUUACAAGAAGGAUGCAUAUGGUGCCAGGCAAGAGGAGCUGCUACUGAAGUCUCAGGAAUAGAGGUUAUAGCGGGACCCUCAGAGAAGGUUGGCGUUGCACAACAGUGGUAUGAUGAAUUGGAUAAUCUUGCAUUCGCAACUCCCGACACAGAAUUGACUGUUGAAGACAAUAAUACAACUAAGGAUAAUAAAUAUCAAGACGAGAGAGUUCACAUUAAUUGUGCUGUCAACUCAAGUCCUGGAACAAGUGAGGUUAUAAUUUGUGCAGUAUUGUAUCUAAAACUUAGAAGAAAACCAGAUAUAGGAGAGGACAAUCAGGAGAAAUACGCAGCAAGGAUAGUGGAUAUUUUGAACCAAGAAAGAACUGAAAGAACAGGGAGAGAUUCAUGCAUUCAUUUCUUGUUAAAAUCAAACAGAGAUUUGAGAGACCUCAUUUUCAUUAAACCUCUGCAUGUGAGGAUAAAAUUAAGUUGUCCUGAUCACCCAAAAGCUGCUGAUAAUUCAAAGGAUAUCAUUCUUACCGACUCCUCCAUUGAGGUCAAUGUGUCUCUCAACUCAUAAUCCUUCAGGUUGGUAAGUACACAUUUUUUGUGAUACUCCUGUAAUUCAAUUUUGUUGUGAUUUUCUGGCCCAAUUUUUUGAAAGAUUGACUUCUCUGAUAGAAGUCGUGGGUGCAGUAAUGUUUAUCAUUCUUAUAAUUUCGAUAUCAUUUAAUAA